GCCAGGCAGCAUGGUAUAAACUGACUGCACAGGGCGGCCAGUGCAUCCAGAGCCAGGCAUCCCUGAAGCACACGUCGUCAUGGAGACCAGAGCGCUGUGGCUGCUGCUGCUGGUCGUGGCCUUGGGGUCCCUGGGUUGGGCUGACCCGUACAUGGGGCUGUCGCCCAGCCAGUGUGCAGUCCCGGCUGCAGAAAGGGUGGACUGCGGCUACCCCCGGGUCACCAAGGAGCAGUGCCAGAACCGCGGCUGCUGCUUUGACAAUAGUAUCCGCAACGUGCCCUGGUGCUUCAAGGCUCUGCAGGACACAGAAUGCACGUUCUGAAGCUCGCCUGCUACUGCUCUGCAAGCGGCCCCCUGCUCCCAGUGGCUGAGAGCCCCCGGUUCCCACUCCUGGCCAGCAUGCUGCUGAGCUGGGUCAAAGCCAGGGCCUCAUGUCCUGAAGAAUAAAGAUCCUGUGUCAGCAUGAGGACAA